AUGGGUCGCGGUGACCCGAAAGGAUCGGGUGCAGAUGUGACGCGUGAGGACGGCGCAAGCAAGAAGGCGCCGUCGAAACUCGUGGUCACCGAAGAAGAUGAGGCCGAGACCUCGGCCAGCACCGCCGAGACGGAAGGCGACGAUUCGACCGAAUAUACCGACGAGACGGGAAGCAAGCGGACGCAGUCUGACAGCGAGACCGCUAGCUCGGAAGAGGACGAUGACGACGAGACCGAGACCGAAAGUGUCGUCACGUCCUCGACCCGGACGGACGACGAUGACGACGACGACGACGAAGAAGAAGAAGAGGACGACGAUGAAGAGGAAGAGGAAGAAGACGAAGAGGAGGAAGAGGACGACGACGAGGAAUCGGAUGCCUCCUCGACACACACCACAACGACCGAACGCCGGCCCGCCUCGGUCACCGACGCGGGCCUGUCUUCGGCGGCCAUCCGUGAGACGCAAAAGACGGUGCCUGUCCACGACAAGAACGAUCCUUUAGAUCUCGAGGUGGCCAAGGCACUCGUCGCCUCUGCGCCGCGCUCCGACCCGCUCUCACCGUCGGUCGGUGCCGAGUCCAUGCUGGAACCGACGACCUAUAUUCAGAACCCCUUCUCGGAGCAGUCGCCGCCUAAGCCCGACGUCGAGGGACUGACCAAGAGUGCAGAUGCGCUCCAUGUGGACAAGUCCAAGCCGCCGCUUGGCGCCCGGCAGAUGGCUGCUACGGAGAAAGCUGAGCGCAUGAACGACUCGGAAUACGACCUGAUCCUUGCACGGAUGGUCGCACAGAACCGCAAGCUGAACCAGGACCCACGUGCGAUGCGCCGCAGCGCGCUGGGUAUCGGCAAGCUGCGCCAGAGCUUUGAGCGUCUGCAGCAGCGGAAUCAGGCCCGCAGCGAGGCGGAAGCCGAAGGACUCGGCGCGGCGAGUACCGAGUUUGGCGUGGGAACCGUGCUGAAAGAAGACGAUCCAUCUCAUGCACAUGAGCUCUCGGACGAGGCCGCGGAAAAGAUCGACUGGGAAUUCUGGGGCGGCCUUAUCAACGACUACAGCACGAUCCUGGCCACUUCUCCAAUCGAGCUGAGCAAGGCAAUCUACUCUGGUAUCCCCGCAGCGCUGCGUGGUAUGAUGUGGCAGCUGCUGAGCAGCAGCAAGGACGAGGAUCUCGAGGCGCAGUAUGCCAAGUAUCUCGCCCUGCCGUGUCCCCACGAGCGUGCGAUUCGCCGGGAUUUGAACCGCACCUUCCCUGGUCAAGAGUACUUCCAGGAUGCACGUGGUGUGGGCCAGGAGCAUUUGUACAAUGUGGUCAAGGCAUAUUCGCUAUAUGAUCCCGAGUGUGGGUACUGCCAAGGUAUGCAAUUCAUUGUCGGUCCCCUCUUGCUCAACAUGCCGGACGAAGAGGCCUUUAGCACGCUGGUGCGGCUCAUGCAGAACUACGACCUGCGUGGCCACUUUAUCCCCAAUAUGCCCUCACUCCAGCUGCGCCUGUACCAGUUCGACCGCCUCGUGGAAGAGACGCAGCCGGUGCUGCACCUGCACUUUGUGCGCCGUGGAAUCAAGAGCAGCAUGUAUGCUAGCCAAUGGUUCAUGACACGUACUUCGUACCGCUUCCCAUUGGAAGUGGUGUAUCGCAUUCUCGACUCCAUUUUCGCCGAAGGCAUCGAGGCCAUGUUCCGCUUCGCGCUGGCUCUCUUGCAAAAGAACGAGGAGAAGCUACUCACCUUGGAUUUUGAAGAAUGCCUCAACUUCCUCAAGCUCAACCUUGUGGACGCCUACAUGACCCAACCCGAGGAGGACGGAGAGAAGAAGGGCGAGCCGCAUGUGCGGACCGGCGAGCUGGUCCGCGAUGCGUUUGCCGUCAAGAUCUCGCCGCACACCCUUGACACGUUUGCGAACGAAUUCUUCGAUCAGGCCAAGUCGGCCAACGAGCGCACAAUCGAGAUGGAUGCGCUGCGCAUGGUCAAUCGCAACUUGCGUCUCAAGGUGCAGGCCCUCGAAGAGGAGCUGAACCAGGUCAGCUCGGAGCACGUGGACCUCAUCAAGCGUGUCGUCAUGUCCAAACUGUCUCAAGAGGAGAUGGCCGAGGAACUCGUCCGCUACAAGGUCAUGUACGCCGAAGCCGUCCUCCAAAACGAGGUUUCGGGCGGCCGCCAGCCAUCGCCCUCCACCUCCAUGUCGGUCGAUUCGACGUAG